AUGGUAACACUUUGUUUGGACAACAGCCUACAGAUUUUAGUUAGAAGAAGAACAGAAAGAGCAGAUGAAAACACUGAAGAUAUUUAUCGAUUAAGAGGCAGGCAAUUCGCUCAUUACCAAACUAAUGACACUCUGCUUAUUCAGGAAUCUUUAAUAGAAACCUUUCAAACGCUAGUGUCGGCAUUGAAGAGUGCUGUCCCAGAAUUAUCGACAACACCUAUGUCUAUCAAUAUAAUACAGGAGACUUUCAAUUUUAUAAGACUUAAAUUACAUGACAAGCGUGGUAGACAAGGACAGAAAUACCUAGCGGAUCAGGUGCAUUCAAGGUUUGCAAUACUUGAAUUAAAAAUUGAUAAAAUCUCAAAGAUACUCCAUCUGCUUGCAGGUAGGGUUAACUGUACUGUCAUUUUUUUCCAUUACUCCCUCAGCCUCGAUGUACAACUCCCUGAAACAUUUGAAGAAGUGAACUCUGUCAAAAAGUGUGUUACGAGUUUAGAUGGCUCCUCAAGAUUUAACAUUGAUUUAACCGAGUAG